AUGACGGCUUCACCGCCCAACGUCGAGUUUGGCCAUGUGCCUUUCCUUGACCUGGCCUACGACAAUAAUGACUCUGAUAACUCGGCACGAAAACUCAUCCUGACCCUCAUGCCCGACUGGGCAAGCGAGGACUCCAAUGUUGACUUUGUGCGCUUCACUGACGGCAUCACAAACACCCUGCUCAAGGCUGUCAACCGUCGUCCUGGCAUGUCCAAGGUCGACGUGGACAAGGACUCCGUCCUGCUCCGCGCCUACGGUCAUGGGACUGCCAUCCUCAUCGACCGCGAACGCGAGGCUGAGAACCAUGAGCUGCUCAUGAGGCACGGCCUCGCCACGCAGUUGCUCGCCCGCUUCAAGAAUGGCAUGCUGUACCGCUACAUCCUGGGCACAGUUGCCCGUGCCCAGGACCUCAGUGACCCUCUCAUCCUGACUGCCAUUGCUCGCCGCCUUGCCCAGUGGCAUGCCACGGUGCCAUGCCUGGCAGACCCCAACCACGCCCGCGACGACAGGCACCUGAACGGCACCGCCAACACCAACGGAGCCUCUAAUGGUCAAGACAUGAUUGACAACGCUGCUCCGGGGAAGCCCCCGCCUAACAUGUGGACGAUCAUGCAAAAGUGGAUCUUUGCCCUGCCGACUGACACGGAUGCUCAGCGCGAGAGGCAAGCCUUGCUUCAGCAGGAGCUGGAGGGCAUGAUCAAGAAGUUGAGCCAACGGCCUGGCCUUGGCAAGAACGGGCUCGUCUUUGCGCAUUGCGAUUUGCUAUGCGCAAACGUCAUCAUCCACCGAGACGGGGAUGAGGCGCCUACUGUCGACUUUAUCGACUAUGAGUAUGCCACUCCUUCGCCCGCUGCGUUUGAUGUGGCCAACCACUUUGCCGAGUGGGCCGGAUAUGACUGCGACUACUCGGCAGUGCCCAGACAAGACCAGCGGCUAGCAUUCGUGAAGGAGUACAUCAAGACGUACUUUUCCAUGACCGGCGAGGACGUCGACGAGGAGGCCGAGGUGCGCAAGCUCAUGGACGAGGUCGACGCAUACCGAGGUGUGCCGGGUUUCUACUGGGGCAUCUGGUCCCAGAUCCAAUCCGUCAUUUCCAAGAUUGACUUUGACUAUGCUCAGUACGCUGAGCUCCGGUUGAGUGAGUACUGGGCGUACAAGGCCGAGGAUGACGGUAGCCGGAAGGCUGCGGGUGAAGAGAUGCCACUAAGGGAGAAGACGUGGUGGAGCAACAACGAAUAAGACGAUGAACGAGGACCCGCGAGAGACGGCGUGGUCGCGAGAUGACCGCAGGGACCGAGCAAGUGAUGGAAAUUCGCUACUGUAAUUCAGUUCAGUAAGCGAGAGGGUAAUAGAGCGGUCAAUAUGGGUGACAGGGUGAGCGAGGAGUGUGGAAAGGGGAUACAAUGGGAAACGGUUACAGGGAGGGCGUUUUUUCCUUUUACUCGGUUCGGGUUUCUCAUUUCUUCAGCAGGCGGCCUCGUUGUUCCCUUUCUUAUCAACCCUUACUCACAUCCUCCGCCUCAUACCUCCCUCCCUCCACGCCUUUGUCCCCGGUGUGGUGACAAACAACAGCCCUACUACCCCUUCUGCCCUUGUUUGGUCUGGGUCAGUUCUUUUUUCGUUUCUUUUCUUUUCUGUCCAUGUUUGCGUCUAUUGGGUCAUGAUGAUACACAAAAAAAGAAAGCUCAACAGCAGGUUAUGGAAUGGCACACUGAGGGGGAAAGCCAUUCAACAUGAGCUACAGCUACGACAUGCAAACAUGCUGGCAUGCCAUGAACGAGUUGUCUUGUCUACGCAAACACCGAGUACCAUGGAAAGUAGGCUCGGGUAUAUAAACUACCUAUUAUCCCUAAUACAUAUUGAUUUGAUUGCCGAG